UUGUACUCUUUCAGCUGUUCAUCAUUUUUUAGUACGGAGUAAUUCUCGAAAAAACUCAAACUCAAACCCUAAAAUUAAAAGUUUGGUCAUCUUCUUCGAUUUUUCUGCUCCCAAAUUGCAAAUUUCUUGUUUGUGUCGAUUAAUGGUGUCAAUGAAUCCUGGUUCGCCGGAAGGAUUCUACUUGGACGCUAAAGGUAUCGCUUUGCCGGGAAUGAAUCCGUUUUCGGCGCCGCCUCCGGAGGAAUCACCGGCGACGACUGCGGCUACUGCGACGGUGUCUUCUCCGACUGAUGAUUCGAGUUGCAGUAAGAAGAUUAGAAAGCCGUAUACGAUUACUAAGUCUCGAGCGAGUUGGACUGAGCCUGAGCAUGAUAAAUUUCUGGAAGCACUUCAGCUCUUUGACCGUGAUUGGAAAAAGAUUGAAGCAUUUAUUGGGUCAAAAACUGUUAUCCAGAUACGCAGUCAUGCUCAGAAGUACUUUCUGAAGGUUCAAAAGAGUGGUAGCAAUGAGCAUCUUCCUCCUCCUCGGCCAAAAAGAAAAGCCGCCCAUCCAUAUCCGCAGAAAGCUUCUAAAUUAGGUCCAUCAGUUUCUCAACCAACUGGAUCUUUGCAAGCAUCUUCUCAUUUGGCUGAACCUGGACUUCAGAGGCCAGACACAUCUAUAAUACCCAGAUAUCCUAAUAACACAACAGUUGCAUCUUCUUGGGCCAAUAGCAUUCAACCUAAUGUGGCAAAAGGUGAAAUGAAAUCCCCAGGGACGCCAAUUGCUAAUAACUGUUCAAGCAGUAAUGAGAGCACUUCAAUGGCACGUACUGCUGGUGAAAUGAAUGAAGCAGUAAAGCAUGCUCCACCACUAAGAGUUUUGCCUGAUUUUUCUCAAGUGUACGGCUUUAUCGGCAGUGUCUUUGACCCAGAAUCUAGUGGUCAUUUGCAAAGGCUUAAGAAGAUGGAUCCAAUUGAUGUUGAAACGGUAUUGUUGUUGAUGAGGAACCUGUCUAUCAAUUUGAGGAGUCCAGAUUUUGAGGAUCAUGAAAUUCAUUAAGGAAUACAGACCCACCGUCCUGUUUUGGUGACUGGCCCUGUCCAGGGUUGAACUUGAAGGGUGUUAAAGAGCAAUAAAAGACAUCAAUCAUUCUUGAACAUUGAAGCAUGUGCAGGUGUAUGAAAUUUGGAUGCUAGGUGACAUAACCCCAGCAGUGAUGCAACUUGUUUCAUGCUAUUCAAGCCUCUUUCCUCAUUGGGAUAAACUAGGCUCAAAUAUAAUUGGAAAAUACUACAGGAGAUAAAAAUCGUCCCUAUUGUGUAAUGCCAAGUGGUGCAUAAUGAAUUUCUAUGAAACCCCCCUUCCAAAAAAAUAAAAAAGAAAAGUAAGAUAUUCUUUGGGGUGAGCACGGCCACUUCUUUUUCUGCAGACCUAACUAUUAUUUUUUCGGGGUUAGCUCUUUUGGCUAGUUGAACUGUUAUUGGCUGUCCUGUUUUUCCUUCUCCAUGAGUCAGACCGUGGAUUAGGAUAACGGAUGUAGAUGCAGCACUCAGUAUAUAUUCCCAAAUUCAUUUGAUGAUACUUGUUGGAGUGUGCUUUGAUGUAUCCUACUUAGCUUUUCCAGACUGCAAUUGUACAUCAUUUUUUUUUUUGACAUGAACAUCAAUUUUUGUAGAUCCAUCAGAAACAUUCAGUUUGUUAUUAGGUUAGACCCCACCACCUGUUAUUUAGGCUGCUGGUGUAGUUGUGGGGUAGUUUUGAUGUAUGUACAUCAGAUUACUAGUUUGUGGUAUUGUAUGUUUGAGUUUUUUGUUUUUUUGGUCCUUUUUGUUGACAGAGAAGACUGCUCUCAUCCUAUGAUGUUGACUCUGGCAAGGGCAUUUCUGGUGGCACGCGGGACGUCAUUUGCGGGAAGUGAUAGCAAGUAUGGUGCUUCUUUUCGUGACCCUUUGCAGAUAGUAAUUGGAGAUAGGGUUGGACGAGAUUUCUCAGUUUUUUUUUUUUCUGCAGUAACCUUUCGUUGUAUAUAGGAGAGAUUUGAAAACGAAGUAGCUGAAAUGUCGUCCUACUUCUGAAGGUUUUCGUGUACAGGAGGCUCUGUAAAUUUGAGGUCUUUCGUAGGGUCUCAAACAUGUAUUCUUGUAGUUCUUGUCUUGUAAUUCUUGUGCAGUGAUCUAGGAGUAUGAUUUAUCUUCUAAGUGUUAGAUGGCCUUUGUAUUUUGGAAGGCUUACCAAGAAAGGCAGACAACUGAUUUACGGUUUUGUUCAUGUUUAUUGCAUUUGAGGUCGAUUGUAUUAUAUUUCUUGAAGAUGUAUAAUUGACAACAUAUUUUCUUUCA